GCCGGUGACUGCAGUGUGUACAUACGCGGCGGCAUCGGGAGUAGUUCGGAAUUUAUGGCGUCAAAUGACGUUAUAAUAAAUAGUUGGGAAACCUGUGGAAGGAAAUAACCUGUGUACUGAUUUGAAUGACCCCGCAUUUUCAUGUAGGGGCUGAAGAAAAUUGCGGAAAACAGCCUGAUAGCCGAUCUCGUGACUGAUGUCUGAACCAGAGAUACUCUGCAUACCAAUCUGGAGUGAUACCUAAUCUUCGAUAUGACGGAUCGGUACGCCCUGGAGAGGACCGAGCCAGACGUGGACUCGAGCCAAGACUACGAGCUGCUGCUGGGGUAUGAGAACGGGACCCACACGGUCAUCAGGUUCCGGAGACGGUACGACACUUGCGAUCCGCACGAUUUCAGGAUCACGAACGACACAAUGCGAAUGCUGUACGCUUACCACACUGACGACCCGGCUUCGCGACCAGGAUCAAAACUCGGCCCUCUAUCGUAUCAUGGGCCAAUUCAAAGAGGAUUUCGCAGCUUGUACCUCAUGGAGAGAGUGAAUCUGGAGGAACCACUCCCUAGUGAUCUGCUCGUCUGGGACCUGAGGAAUCCUGUGGUCACCCUCCCAGCAUCCGAAGACACUCUGUACUGGUGCAAAAUCUUCAAACUUCCCAGCGUAAAGAGAAAGCAUCACAUGAUUAAGUACGAACCGCUCCGUGAGCCUGGAAACCGCGCCUACGUACACCACGUGAUAGUGUAUGAGUGUCAGGGAAGCGAAGCUGAGUUCGAAGUGCACGCCAAAGAGAGGGGGCAGGUGUGUUAUCAGUCUCCCAUGCCCCCCAUCUUCUUCAACUGCAACAACGUCGUCAUAGCUUGGGGGAUCGGUUCGGAGGGCUUCAGUUUCCCACCGGAAGCAGGGUACCCUCUGGACCCUGACCUGGGGCCCAAAUACUUCAUGAUGGAGACACAUUACAAUAACCCUACCCAAGACGCUGAUGUUACAGACACGUCUGGUAUACGUGUUUACUACACAGCAUCACUGCGACGUCACGACGCCGGGGUUCUGUCAGUAGGGCUGGAUCCUAACUGGCGUCAUAUCAUUCCCCCGGGACAGCCGGAAGUCGUGUCUGAGGGACACUGCAUAUCGGCUUGCACCCAGCAGACGGUGCCUCCACAAGGGAUAUACAUAUUCGGAGUCGCUCUACACACACACCUCAUAGGCCGAAAAGUUCGUCUUCGACAAAUUCGGGACGGCGUGGAAUACACGCCUAUCACAACUGACAACAACUACGACUUCAGCUACCAAGAAUACCGUCGGCUGCAGAAUCCAGUUAAAGUGUACCCAGGUGAUCACCUGAUAGCCCAGUGUGUAUACAACAGCGAGGGACGCACCACAAUCACUCUCGGCGGCCUGACGACACGCGAGGAGAUGUGUCUUGUCUUCGCAAUGUACUACCCUCGGAUUGACCUGUCUCUGUGCCACAGUUUGCCAUCCCUGCCAACUGUGCUGCAUUCUCUGGGCAUUCAGGAACUCUGGCCGGGUUCGAAUCCGGUGCGCAUCAAAUCUCCACCCGAGCUGGCUGACAUGACGCUGGAAAGCCGUCUCGUUACGUAUGACUGGGAGAACCAGUUCAGGAGUUUUCAGGAAGCAACGCGCAAAGGCAGCUUCAAGCCUCUCUGCUGGAUGAAGAAGCCUACACUCUUACCGGGCACAGAAAACUUUGAGGCAUAUUAUCCAAACAUCACGAAACCUUAUGAAGAUAUAGACACGUGCCAUAAUCGAAGGUCAAAACCACAUCGAAGGAAGAAACCCGGAGAAGCUCAGAUGGAGUCCGGGGAUCGCGCCUCGGUCGGAGCAUCCGAAGAGGACUCCGCCAAUUUCGUUGGAGGAGAAGACGAAGAUAAAACCAAAGUUUAUAGCAGUAUUAGUCUGCAAGAAUCCUCGAGACUGAACAGUAGCUCCCGAUCCACAAGUACCUUGGAUUUACUUGUGUUUGUUUUAGCAUAUUGCAUCCUACUGGCCUUCAGGAGAUGAAUCUUGGACAUAACUCACCUCUUUGUAUAACAGUGUAAUUUAUUUUUGUACAUAAUGUAAUAUAAAUUCUAUUGUAUAUAAUAUACCAAACGUUUGCCCCAAGUGUAUCAGAUUGUGAAUAAUUAAUUUCGCUGAACGUUGCAAAUAUAACGAGUGUUUCAUUUUGUGUUUGUAGGUUAUAUGCGUGAUUGUUUCUACCGCUGUAUUGUAUUGUAAUGUACUGAUGAUUAUAAGCUACUGUAAAUAUGCAAUAAACUAUUUUAGUGAAA